CGCCCCGCCCUAAUUAUCUCCUAAGUCCUUAUCCACUAUUGACUAUUUCCACCAGAGCCGCAAAAUGGCAGACACUGUUGCUGACGAUAUUGUAAAAUGCCUUCUCGCCUUUGAUGAUGUUAUAGACGCUUUGUCAAGAUGCGUUGGUUUGAACUCGUCGUUUGAGCAUCACAUCAGGAACGAGCAAGCACGAUUCAGAAUCUGGCAUGGCAAGCCUGAACACCGCUUUUCAGCAACCAGCGCAAUAACAAUUCCGCGUUACAUGUCACAGAACCGAGAAGACACCCUUUGUGACUUAAAUGGGCUCCUCAGAUACGCCUUCUACACCAUACAAAAAGAAAAGAAUUAUUUGAAGCAACUCUCCAGCAGCGAGAAUGCCAUCGAUAACGAGGGCCGCGGGAACGAUCCUCAUCUGAUAGAAGAUCUGGUUUCGAUCUUCACAGAUAUCAGCCAUUCUAUCAGUUCACUGUUGAAGUGUACAUCAGCGAAUCGUGAUGAACUCUGUUACAAUGGCACUCAAGACGUCGGGGACAUACGGUCGACAUCGCCGGACAGUCGUGCUGACGACGAUGGCAAAGGUUCCUACAGGCACGAUGGGAAUGGCUAUUUUCUACCAGACUGCGGUAUAGACCGAGAAGUCAUUGCUAAGGAUAUAUGUCAUUACUUGGGAGGUAAUGCUUCUGUGAGACUUGGCUAUUGCGAGGAUAUAAAAGCAGGAAGGUCUGUGCGAGGCUAUUUCAUUAAAUCCCAGGGCAAGUUAACUUCGGCUAUGAUAAAAAGACUACAGGAGGACUCAAAGAGAUGGGAAAAAGCGAAAAAUGAAGCGAGGAAAUCUGGAGCGGGAAAUAAUAUAAUGAGAAGUGACACAACUACUGGCACCAACGUGAUUCAACAAAUCCCAGAAAUAUAUCAACCACCGCAUUGCAAUGGCUGUGAAGGAAGCAAUCAAGACAAAAAGGGCUGUUCCCCGAGGGAAGCAGAACAAAACCACAAAAGAAACAGGUUUAAGGAAUCAAGAGCUGAGCUACAGCCAGAUAAUCCAGAUCUGUGCCAGGAGUCCAUACCCCAAAACCUAUCCGCCACCACUUCGCCAAACACAGGUUUCGCCUUGUCAUCCGCUAUACCUGCUACCACAGGAGCUACUAACAUAGCCUCGAAUGGUCAAGCCAAAGUCAAUUCGCCUGUUGAGGUCUCAAAUACAACAGCAGCUUGGAUUUUUGGAGCAGUGGCAGCUGUUACAAACGGGGUGACGGCGUUGGCGACACGACAAACGGCCAAAGCAAGCAAGAGAAGCGCUAUUGCGGGUGAGGUGGCGGCCAAUGCGAGCAAAAGAAGCGCCAAAGCGGCAGAGGAAACCUGUUUAAUUGCUCAGAAGCAUUUUGACGCGACAGUCAAAGACAACCAGGACCGGCCGCCUUCUCCGGACACAUCUCAAGACAUUUCCGGCGCUGGGGCAGAGACUUCAAGCACUAAAGAACAAAAGCCAGACACGAGAUCAAGACCGGUGGUUCCUCAUGGCACUGGGCCAGCGGCUUCGCCAUCAGAUGUUCCAUCAGCCGUACUGUCACCAGGACUGCCUACGAAGCCUUCUGGCAGAGGACAAGUGCUAAGAGCUAUGUCAACCCCGAUGCCUGGAAGGCGAGAGGAAAUUGAUAUGUCACUCAAUCUAGCGACUGCAAGAGCGGUACCCAAAAUAGUCUGGCCGGAGGUUCCGACGUGUGAGUUUGGAAAGCCAUGUAACUGCAAGAUUGUUCCCAAGAACUGAGUAAAACAAAACAUACCUUACUAUAAUACCAUUUUAAAUCUAAGAUAUGC